CCUAAGCUCAGAUACUUCUCUAUUGGCCCUUCAACCACCACAAUAUUGUUUCUCGGGCGACCAACUUAGCGACAAGAACGAACGCCAUGGACGCACAACAAGCCCGGCCGGCUUACUCAGAAGAAUCGCGCGAACGACUAGAACCCAGGUACGGCUUCAUCAUCUAUCGGACCGACUACCGCGACGAAGCCAAAUGGGACCGCUUUAUAUCCUAUCUUAACGCACAAGUGCGGGCUGGUCUUGAACUGGCAGGGCAGAGCAACCUUAUUCCACUCAUAGACUGGAAAGUCCAAUCCGUCAAGUCUGAUCUAGAUGAAGCCGGCCCCGAAGAGGUGCAGGAGCUUUUCAACGCAUGGGUCGAAUCCAGCGAAGAAAGAGACGACGGCAGUGCGAGGUUUAUGGCCUGCAUCAUGGCGGAUUGGAGCUGCGUCGAAUCAGUCGGUGUCUUUCUCAAGAACGGACGUAAGGAGGACGAAUUCGAUCAUUUAGGGAUAUCGUUUGUCUAUCUGGUAUCGCGGAAGGAGGAGGAGGGCUAUACGGCAAUCGGCAUGUCGUAUUUGAUGCCGAGGGCGUUUGCGCUGAUUGAGAAUCUAGGAUGGGAGGAUGUGGCUGUCCCCGAGGCAGAGACGGCCCUACCGUGAUGCCGUGCUGCCGAGCUGGUUCCCGAAAGGCGGACAUCUAAUUAACGUGGCCAGAGGAAGAAGAGCAAGAUCCAUGCUACACGCUUAAUGGGAUACCAUGUUGCGUUAGC